AUGGCUCGGAUUUCCCCACACCAACAUUCACAUAGCGAAAACAAGACGGAGUUAUAUGAAGGGAUUCGUGACAGAAACUGCUCAAAAAUGUUAAAUACCGGCGAGAAGUAGGUUACUCACCUGGCAGAUAUGUAGUACUCUCAAAAUAACCGAGUUUAGCAGUUGUUUCUCCGCUCCAAGUGGCUGGACGACAGCUGGACAACCGCUGGACGACCGCUGGACAACCGCUGGACAACCUCAACGGCCGGGCGCGAGAGAUCCUCAACGGCCGGACGCGAGAGACCCUCAACGGCCGUAAACGGCCGGCCGUUGAGGGUCUCUCGCGCCCGGCCGUUGUCAUCUAUACAGGCCGCAGUUUUAACACCCGUAAGUCAUUACAGUUACUUAAUAUUCCGUUAAAUUGA